CCAAACAAAAUGAGUCAGUCACGGUUUUGUUGGCUCGGCGGCAGGUGGUCGCCAUGCACGCGCUGUUCGGAGAGCAGGGCCGCUACUACGGCGGCGGCGCCUACGCGGCGGGCGGCGCGGCCUACUACGAGCAGUACCGGUACGGCUACGGCGCGCCCUACCUGCACCCGCACCAGCAGCACGCGCCCAAGGACAUGGUCAAGCCGCCCUACUCCUACAUCGCGCUCAUCGCCAUGGCCAUCCAGAACGCGCCCGACCGCCGCAUCACGCUCAACGGCAUCUACCAGUUCAUCAUGGAGCGCUUCCCCUACUACCGCGAGAACAAGCAGGGCUGGCAGAACUCCAUCCGCCACAACCUCAGCCUCAACGAGUGCUUCGUGAAGGUGGCGCGCGACGACAAGAAGCCGGGCAAGGGCUCGUACUGGACGCUGGACCCGGACUCGUACAACAUGUUCGACAACGGCUCCUACCUGCGGCGGCGGCGGCGCUUCAAGAAGAAGGACGCGCUGAAGGAGAAGGAGGAGGCGCUGAAGCGGCAGCAGCAGCUGGCGGCGGCGCAGGAGGCGCUGGAGCUGGCGCGCGACGUGAAGCCGCGCCUGGCGGACUGCCGGCCCAAGCGCGAGCCCGACGCGCGCUACGAGCGGGACCCCGCCGACCCCGAGGAGCCCGUCUACUGCGCGCCGCAGUACGCGCUGCCCGACGACUUCCGCGCGCCGCAGGGCUGGUACGCGCCCGAGCCGCCCGCCGACCACCUGCCCGCGCCCUUCCGCGACCUGUUCGACCCGCCCUCGUGCCAGCUGGCCGACUUCCGCGCGGCACACUCGCCGCCGCCACACUACCGCGCGCCCGCGCCCGCCUACUACCACCAGCCCUGCGUGGCCGCCGCGCCCGCGCCGCACCACAAGUCCUACUGAGACCAGCUCACCAGGUUUGCGGCAGAGUGGGAGAGAGCGGGAGACAGUAACGCAGUGGACGCUAAGUGUAUAGCAAAGUGUUCAGAACUUAACGGAUGAAGUGUUAUUAUAAGUGUAUAUGUAUAGCCAAGUUAAAUAUUAUAAUGUAGUGCAACCUACUAAUAUCCGAUCAGAAAGUGAUCUGUUCCGUACUCACUAGAUUAUUAAAAUGAUUUAAGUAUCUCUAAAUAACGUUUGUGUAUACCUUUACGAAAAGUGUUUAUAGAGUCUUGCAAAAUGGUUUAGAGAUUGUGUGUGUGAGACCGACUUUUGGCUUAACCUUUUUGCGACACCCUGUAUAUAAACUUACCCAGGUUCUGUUAAAGUGUUAUCGAAUGCACAGUAACACCUCCUCUCAGUAUAAAUGUACCGUACCACGCACACCUAUCACGAAUUUAAACUUAAUAUUAAGUGUUUAUAGUAACAAUUAAUUUAAGCGAAUGUAGAAUGUAAAAAGAGUCUGAUAAAACUACGCAACUCAUGUGAAACGGUUUUAAUUAGGUAGUUAUAAUUAUAAUUACUGUACAGGUGUAAACAAGGCGGACUGCCUUUUAUGCCCUUAAUUUUUUAGAAUACAGCAUUUUGCACACUGAUAAAAUGAUACCUAAUAGGUACCUACAUAAAAUAC